UUUAAACGUUUCAUCAAUGGCUAUAUAGAUAGGAUAGAGUAAGCCGGGUGGAUCGAAAGAAUAUGAACGAACGCAUGCAUGAACAAGAGUUUGUUACAUAGUUGAUAUCCUCUCCCAUAAUCGAUCACAUCUUCAUCGAUCGCCGGCGCCAUGCAGGCGCGCCGGCGCCACGCCAGGCCCUGCCGUCUGCUCAUCCUCCUCACCACGCCCCUCCUCCUCUUCUUCUUCUUCCUCUUCUUCACCGGCGACGUCCCGGGCGUCUUCAUCAGCGCCAUCCACACGCCCACGCGGAAGCUGCUCGUGCCGCCACGCCGCCUGCCGCUCAGCCUCGCCGCCGUCCGGGACCCCACGCCCGCCGACGCCGUGCUGCUCCCGGACUGGGAGGUCCUCGUGCUCCUGCACCCCAACGCCACCGCGGUCAUCGGCAACGCCACCUGCGCGUUCCGGGGCGGCGCCUCGUCCCCCGCGCGCGCUCUCGGGAAGCUGCCGUCCUCGGGCCGCCAUGCCUACACCUGCGCCAUGCCGGAGCCGGCGCGGCGCCACCAGCCGUUCCACGCGCCGCUGAUCGUGCAAGGUGCUAUGGACGCCGGCCAUGGCUCACCGCAUCAGCUGAUGAUCAAGUGGAGCGGCCGCCUCGUGUACGACGCGGCCGUGGUCGGCGGCGGCGACGUGCUAGUCUUCGCCAAGGGCGUCAAUCCACGGCAGGGAGUCAACCGCCCUGCGUCAGACGUGCGGUGCGUCUACUACCGCGGCAGCGCCGACGACGUGGUGGCCUCGCUCCCCGCGGACACGUCGGCGCAACAGGUGUUCCGGUGCCCGCCUCCGCCGGCUGCCUCCCCAGCAGAGACGCUACGCGUUACGCUCUCCGUGGCCGGCGAGGAGGAGCCCAUCCCGUCGAUGGCGACCUACAGUCCAGCACGAACGCCGGCGGCGACGCAGCAGAAGGGACGACGUCGUAAAAUCUGCGCGUGCAGCAUGGUGCGCGACGUGGGCAAGUUCCUGCGGGAGUGGGUGGUGUACCACGCGGCGGUGGGCGUGGAGCGGUUCAUCCUGUACGACAACGGCAGCGAGGACGACCUGGCAGAGCAGGUGCGGCGGCUCACCGCGGAAGGCAUCGAGGUGUCAAUACUGGCGUGGCCAUGGCCCAAGACCCAGGAGGCCGGGUUCUCCCACGGCGCGGCGGUGCAGCGGGAGUGGUGCGAGUGGAUGGCGUUCAUCGACGUGGACGAGUUCAUCUUCUCCCCGCAGUGGGGCAGCUCCGGCGAGGCAUCGUCGAAAGGCAUGCUCCGGUCGAUGGUGUCGGUGGAGGCGGACGUGGGGCAGGUGUCGGUGGGGUGCAUGGAGUUCGGGCCGUCGGGGCGAAGGAGGCACCCGGCGGAGGGGGUGACGCAGGGGUACACAUGCCGGCGGCGAGCGGUGGAGCGGCACAAGUCGGUGGUGCGGCUGGAGGCGGUGGCGCGCUCGCUGGUGAACUCGGUGCACCACUUCGCGCUGCGGGAGGGGGCGCGCGGCGAGUGGAACCGGCGGGCGCGGGUCAACCACUACAAGUACCAGGCGUGGGAGGAGUUCAGGCUCAAGUUCCGGCGGCGGGUGUCGGCGUACGUGGCCGACUGGACCGACCGGGCCAACCCGCUGUCCAAGGACCGGACGCCCGGUCUGGGCUUCCUCGCCGUCGAACCGCCCGGCUGGCCGGCCAGCUUCUGCGAGGUCAACGACACGCUGCUCCGUGACGUCACGCGGAGGUGGUUCGGUUCGCCGCCCGAGUAUGUACCUGAUUAAAUCAGAAUGAAUCAUGCCAUGCAUGUACUGUGUAUAUAUAUAAUUAGUCGUUACGUACCUAAAAUUGCAUGAUUGAUUGAUGAAUCUGACAAUUGUUUUGCUUCGACAUGCAUGCAUGUGUGUGUGUGUAAGGAGUAGAAGCAUUUUUCCUCCCAAGGCGAUAUACAAACAAUAAUGUGUCUAGCUGUAAAGAUAAAACUAACUAAUAUUGCUAUAUAAGCGGAGUGGCAAUGCAUGAAUUCCUUUCUUGGUGCAACAGGCAGGUAGGUUUAGUAUAGUAUAGGAUAGCACAUGCAUGGUAGACCAGCCUGCUGAUGCCAUAUGCAUAUAUAUGCCUUUUGGAGAUCGAGAA